AUGGCCACACUGUCAUCGUCAUCGUCAGUGUCGCUGUCAUCGACCUGUUCGCUGACCACAAUCAACGACAUCGCCGCUGAGCUCAUCACCAGCACGUCGGCCAACAAUCAGGUGCUGCCCAUCGGGUGUCCGCCCACCACAGUUACCACCACUUCGGCCGAUAGUGUCAGCCCUCCCCUCGGCAUCGACACCAAUGGACACCACUUGUCAUCGCACGGGAGACGCGCGGACAUGGAUUGGCGCGCAGAGACCGACAGCAACGGUAGCGGCAGUGGGAACGGAGGGGGAACGGGAGGUCUGGCCACCGAACAGCUGACCCGUAUGGCCGACGAGGGCCGGGUCAAGAUGGGAGAGUUGGCCCAUACGCUCAAGACGUUGGAUGGGGUCACCUCCAGACUACAGGCGCAGCACCAGAAGGCCCAGCAGGAGAUAACCGAGGCCUACCAGUUCUACUUGUCUACUCUCGAGGAGACCAAAGGGGAGUUCCUCAAGGAGUUGGACGACAUCUUCAACUCCCGGAUGGUGUCGUUGACUCUGUUGACGUCCAAAGUGGAAGAGGCGGUCCAGAAGACCCAACAGAUCUCCCUCUUCGUCGACCGGACGCGACAGUUCGCCACGAGUUCAGAGCUGAGCCAAUACAAGUCGGUGAUCGACGGCAAACUCCAGGCCAUACUUAACUUCAAUCCCGACGCCAACAUACCCUCCCACGAGUUGGAGUUCGUCUCCAACUAUCAGGCCAUUCAGGUCGGCAUUCGCAACACAUUCGGUUACAUCCGGUCGUCGUCUAGCGAUGGCAAACAGCCGCCAAUCAGUCGCCCCAAUGGCAUGUCCUCGUCGUCCGCCUCCAUCUACCAGAACGGCUUCGACUCGACGGCCAGUCUGCUGUCCAAACGGUUCACAUCCAACACCAGCAACUCGUCGGCUAACGACUCGUCCAUCCGGUCGUUCAGCUCGGCCUCCAUUCAGGACCCGUUGAACAUGUUCUACGAGAAGUGGUCCAUAGGUGGCGGCAAUGGAGGUGGCGGUGGAGGGUCCGGCUCGUCGCCCGACUCUGCUCUCUUCACGAACGGGUCGUCCACUUUUACCGAGCAAUUCAACGCCCUGUCCGACCCCGUCAUCGACUUGUCCGCCAAACUGAUCUCCGCCUCAUCGCUACUGCCCAUCAAAUCGCAGAUCAAACGCCAGAAAAUGAUAUAUCACUGCAAGUUCGGGGAGUUCGGUGUAAUGGAGGGCCAGUUCACCGAACCGUCGGGAGUGGCGGUGAACGCGCAGAACGACAUAAUAGUGGCCGACACUAACAACCAUCGGAUCCAGAUCUUCGACAAAGAGGGACGAUUCAAGUUCCAGUUCGGGGAGUGCGGCAAACGCGACGGGCAGCUACUGUACCCCAACCGCGUGGCUGUUGUCAAGCAGUCGGGCGACAUCAUUGUGACGGAGCGGUCGCCCACCCAUCAGAUCCAGAUCUACAACCAAUACGGACAGUUUGUACGCAAGUUUGGCGCCAACAUUCUGCAGCACCCGCGCGGUGUGACCGUCGAUAACAAGGGACGCAUUAUUGUCGUUGAAUGCAAGGUAAUGCGUGUCAUAAUCUUCGAUCAGGUGGGGAACGUCCUGCAGAAGUUCGGGUGCAGUAAGCACUUGGAGUUCCCGAACGGCGUUGUGGUGAACGACAAGCAGGAGAUCUUCAUAUCUGACAACCGGGCGCACUGCGUGAAGGUGUUCUCAUACGACGGCAACUUUUUGCGCCAAAUCGGCGGCGAGGGGCUCACCAACUACCCGAUCGGCGUCUGCAUCAACGAGGCCGGGGAGAUACUGGUGGCCGACAAUCACAACAACUUCAACAUCACGAUCUUCACCCAGGACGGGUGUCUCGUGAACGCGCUCGAGUCUAAGGUGAAACACGCCCAGUGCUUCGACGUGGCCCUCAUGGAUGACAACUCCGUCGUCUUGGCCUCCAAGGACUACCGCAUCUACAUCUACCGGUACCUCCAGUUGCAGUCGUUGGCCGCGGCCGUGGCCGCCUCUGGUAUCUGUUAAGACAAUGCAUUUUGUGGUCAUUUAUAGCACACAAUGAAUACAAACGGUCUUUCCAUACGAUUAUUCGAAGUCUAUAUCUCCCGAUCUCUUAUGAUGAGUGGUGUCCACUGUGUGUCUCUCCCCUCACUACUGGCUCUCUCUCACUCAUACCACACCAUACCAUACACUCUCUCUCUUAAUACGUUGUCUCUCCCCCUCUCGGACGACAUUAUUUCACGUGUUUUUUGUUUUUGUUUUUGAAUUUUGUUUUAUUAUAUCGAGAAUUGAUUUAUUCAUCCAUUCAUUAGUCUUUGCGAUC